UCCUGCAGAGGGCGACGUGGAGCUACACAGAGAGGUCCGCGAUCAGACUUAAACCAACGAAGAGACUUCAAUGUUGUGGAGGGAAAAGUACCGGUAGCUCUAAAAUAAACAGUCGCUGUAGGAAGCAGGUCUCUGACGGUCAGCUUCGGCUGUUACCGAGAUGGAGGCCAAGCCGUCCGACCUCCUGACCGCCGCUCCUCCGUACGGACACGUCCUUUGCAGCGAAAAAUGGACGGACUCCGCUCUGGUCCGAGCACUGAGAGGUGGAGGUCUUAAAGUUAUCUUUGAAAAUGAGCUCCAUGUGGCAGACUUCCUCCUUCCCAACAAGAGCAGCAUCCUCUAUAUUUCUGAGUGCGACAUCAUAGCAGGAAGCAGCUACAGGAGGAAGCUGGUUCGCUAUCGCAAUGCCAGUAACAGUUUCCAGGAGCUGGUUCUGGUGGAGAGAACCGGGCUCAGUGAGCAGUACUUCAGUGCGCUGCAGAGGUUUGUGGUGCUUGAAUUGGGUCUGCCUCUGCUGCCGGUGGGUGGACAAGCUGAGGCCUCGCAGCUCAUCGCUCAGAUGGUUCAGGCUGAUGGCCGGGAGAACAUUUUCAGGAGAAGUUCUUGUCGGCUGCUGGACCCCCUGGUUCUGACUCUAGUUCAGCAGAUCCCCGGUGUGGGCCGGGUCAAAGCUCUGACCCUGCUGCAGAACUUCUCCAGCAUCCAGCAGCUCUGCAAUGCAGCACCUGAAGAGCUGGAGCCCAUGGUGGGCCAGGCACUUGCUCUGCAGAUCCACAGCUUUUUCCACUGACAGGCUACUGUUGGACCUGAACGCCUCAUGAGGACGCUUGCCGUCAUGAUUCAGUGGUAGAAAUCCCAUUUUCCAUUCAUAUUUUAUUUAUUAAAUAAUUGUUUGUGUUACUGUUACAGUAGUAUAAAGGGGAUUUUUCUUCUGAAACUUGUUAAAAAAAAUGUAUUUACCACCCAAUGAGAAAAAUAAAAGCAGAAUAUUUUAGUUGAAA